CAUUUGUUCUACUUGGAUGAUCCACCUCGUACGUUGUGUUGCACUAAAAAAAACAACAGAAAAGUUAACUUAAUCAAGACAGUUAUAUUAAUACGAUGAAGAAAUUCUUGUUGAUCUAGGUAGGAUGAAAUGUUCCGUUUUAGACGACUUCAUUGCUGACAACAUGUAAAUAAAUGUAGAAUGUUGCUGCCCAAAACCAUCCGUUCAGUAAUGGAAUUUUAACGAUAUAAUAUAAAUACUGUUUCAGCCCACAGCCUCUUUCGUUUUGUCAUGCGACUUCUUGUUAGACACGUGCAAGUCCAAAGAGUGAUUUGACGGACGGAUAAUUCGUUGUUAUCAUUUAUGUUGUUAUUGUUGUCCCAGUUGUUAUAAUUUUAGGAGGUUGAGUAGCGUGGCUCUGGCCCUGGUGACAUAAUUUCCUGGUUCCAAACGAGUCAGGUAUAUAACAGCGAAAAGAAAUACGAGGACAAGAGGUGUAAUUGACUGCCACACUAUAAUUUAAACGCCUAAACGAAAGUACAGCAAAAAAUGGUACAUCUUGAAUGAUUCUGUCAGAAAAUAUGUUGGUUUCUGAUGCAGUUGGAACUUGGUGAAGUGUACUUGGCGGAAGAGAACAGCACGUCACAGCUUUCUGCUGAAUAACUCUCCUCUCUCCAGACCGAGAUCGAACUCGAACUCUACCUUGCCACUGCCCUGGGCCCGCGUUAAGCCAGAAAGACUCGACCAUCACGUGACCACUUGUAGAAAACACGCGUAUGAAGCGAUAUUUGUGUAUUUCGGCCGAAUGAUAAACAUACUUCUGCUCCAUAAUUAAGAGGAAACUUGUAUUGACAAUGAGUAUCUGUAAAUGGGAUGUUUGUUGGUCCAACAGCAACCAUGAUAAUUUCAUCAUGUGCGGGACUUCAGUCACCCAGUAUCGGGUGGAAAACAAGGCCAACUUGGCACAGAAUCAAAUGGCGAAAGCUGUUUCCUUAUCAAGCAACUCCUGUGCCAUUCCUCUCUACACAUGCCUCCCUUCGGAUGUACAGUUUAUGAAGUGUGUGGCACUCUACCCAAGACCAGAAUAUCCAAACCUCUUAGCUAUCGGACAAGUCGUUGGCAAAAUUCUUCUGACCAAUCUUGGAGAUGUACGGAACUGUGAUUUGGCAGGCAAAGAAUUUGCUCAGAGACACACAAGACAGUGUAAUUAUUUGGCAUGGAACCCAAUUGAAUCAAAUUUGUUGGCUGCCGGACUUGAGAAAAAUCGACAUGAUGGUUGCAUUGCAAUCUGGGACGUGAACAGCAAGUCUGUAGAAUCGGCAAUGCCUCUUGAAAGAAAACAUUAUGUUCCUAAUGAAGUGACUAAACCAUAUUUAGAUAUUGGAAUAUCGGAAUUUAGUACUUCAUUUUGCUGGCAGCCAAGAGAAUCGAAGACGUUUGUAGCUGGAGUCAAUAAAUGCCUACGUGUUUAUGAUAUUCGAGAAUCUACCAAACCCCAGUUGUCAACUAACACCAAAGCCCUUUAUGGCAUAUCUAUUGAUCCUUUGUUCCCAAACAGAGUUGUUUCCUUUACCGAGAAUCAAGUAUUUAUCUGGAAUCUUAGAAACUUAGAUGAUCCUGAAUUUACAAUCUCUGAAUUAAAACCUGUACAGAAAGUCAGUUGGUGCCCCACACGGGUCGGUUUCCUCAGUAUUCUGUGUAAAGAUAGCUCAACAAUUCAACACUGUGAUAUUAUCCACACUUCUGAUGGCCCAGAUGAUCUUGAGCCAGCUUACAUUCAAAGAUAUACACCCUGUGAUAAGUCGACAUGCCUUUCCUCCUUUGCUUGGCAUCUCUCUGAAGACAAUCGUUUCCUCACCAUUCGACCCAAUGGAAUAAUGACUGAUGAGACGAUUUGUAACCAAAUUGCUCUGGAUUGGUCGAAUGAAUUUAAUUUAACAGAAGUUUCUGGGAAGAAGAAAGAAGACAUUCAUCUUUGUAAAGAACUCCUCAAAGAAGACAUUGGGAUGAUUAUGAAGAAUCGAGCCAUGCUUGAAUAUGGAAUGGAGAUAGAUAAACCAUGGAAAAGUGCUGAAAUAGUACAAGAUGACAAAGUGCUUUCACGACUCUGGACGUGGAUGGCAAUGUGUAAAGAUAGAAUUAGAGAUAAGAUGAGAAAAACUGAGCAGAAUUGCUAUUAUGGAGUUGAGAGUGUUCUGUUAAACUUGAAGAGUAAAGAGACGCGAGAAAAAUGGCAGGGACUUGAAGAUAAUGAAACAUGUGCCAAAUAUGUUUAUCGCAGUGAGGAGAGGUACCAUGUUCUACAGAUGUGUGGCUGGGACAAUCUACAAAAUCCAACUGGAAUAAGUGAGUUCAGGAGAAGACUACAGAAACAAGGUGAAUAUGAGAGGGCAGCAGCUAUAGCUUUAUUUAACCUCCACAUAACAUUAGCUUUGGCUAUUCUCAAUGAUGAACGGUCCCCUUCUUCAGAUGAAGAAUCUGACCGCAGUUUGGCAUUGGUAGGCAUGGCACUGGCUGGUUUCACAGAGAACAAAGAUGCCCUCUGGCAGAAAAUGUGCCGUAAUUUCAGACGACAGUUAACAAAUCCUUACCUAAGAGCUAUGUUUUGGUUCCUUUCCUCAUCAGAAACGGAUAACUACAAAGAAAUAUUGUUUGAAGAAGGAAUGGCUGUUGGGGACAGGGUGGCAUUUGCCUGUACUUUUCUUCCAGAUGAUUCUUUGAUAGAAUACAUCCAGUCUUUAUCCAAUCAGUUGGUGGUGGCUGGAAAUUUGGACGGCAUCUUGCUCACUGGUCUGUCUGAGAAAGGUGUACAGUUGUUACAGAAGUAUGUUGACGUUUCUAGUGAUAUGCAAACGGCCUGUUUCAUUGCAAUAUCUACAUUUCCCAGCUGGUUAUCAACGGACAGUCGGGCUGACUCUUGGAUACAUGGCUACAGAAACCUUCUGAACCAAUGGAAGUUAUGGCAUCAAAGAGCCUUGUUUGAUAUACUGUGGCAGGGCUGUGACUCACAGAAUCACGAGCACUCAGAAGUAUUUGUCAGCUGCAAUUCUUGUCGAAAGUCAGUCUCCCGAAAUGCACAGCCAGUGGUGAAAAACAAACAACAGAACUGGAGUCGAUCGAGCAACACAGCGAAACAUGUUAAGGUUUCUUGCUGUCCACACUGUCGUAAUCCUCUACCCCGGUGUGCUUUGUGUCUGAAGAAUUUAGGGACUGCUUCAGGGGCCCUGUCUAUAGAAGGAUCUCCAGAUUCAAAAACUUCUCCAUUUAAGAAUUGGUUUACCUGGUGUCAGUCUUGUCGACAUGGAGGUCAUGCAGGUCAUAUUACAGAUUGGUUCAAAGAUCACAUGGAAUGCCCUGUAGCUGGUUGUUCCUGUAAAUGUAUGGCUUUAGACUGAAUGAUUACUGUUGGAUUACAAGAAAUUUUAUUUUUCAAAACCAAAAUAAAUAGUAAAAAAAAGAAACAAUAAAUAAAAAGCACCACCCCAAAAAUCUUUUAAAAAGAUAUAAAAGAGUUCAAACUAUAGUAAAAACAUUUGUUCACAAAGACAAAAUGAGAAACAAAUUUGUUUUUCAGAGCUAUAUUUGUUUUUAUUUUUUAUUCAAAAGGAAAAAAAAAAAGGAAAAAAUAUAUAUAUAUAUAUAUAUAUAUAUAUAUAUGCCCCCUUUCCCCCUCCAAAGAAAAAAUCGGCAAAUUAACCCCUAGAUCUUCCUUGAGUUGAGUCUUUACAUGUGGAACUGGACUUGCUGCUCUUAUAUCUUCAGUUUAAAUCUUGUGCAGCUGUUUUCUUGUGUAUUUCAACAGUUCACUUAAUUCUGUGCACCUAAGUUCACUUAGAUGUCUGGAAUGGGAAUGUUAGCAGUGAGAGACUAGUUUCCUAUCCAGAAGAAGAAUUUCUCUCUCGUUUUGUUAACACUGUGUAAAUGAAACUAAGUUCUACACCCAUAACAGACUUUCAGCGCUAUUGAAAGCAUUUACAUUUUCAAUAUUUCUUCAUGCAAAUUAUCAAAAUGAUAAUGACCACAAUGACAAUGACGAUGAUGAUGUUGAUGAGAAUGGCAGCAGUGAUGAUGAUAAAAUACCUCAAUAUUUAAUCUGACAUCCAGAUUAUACUUUUGCGUUAGCAACUUCCAAAGGGGUAUUUUAGUAUUUUCAGCAAAAUGUAUUAAAAUAUACAUUUCUCUUUUUCUUUUAUGAGAUUGGAUGUUGCGAAAAUAAAUGAAUAAUUUAUAA